AUGUCCGAAAUACUGCUCUACGACAUCCCGAGGAAGGACCCGGAGAAUGGUCCGUGGUCACCUAAUACGCUGAAGGCAAGGCUCGCACUGAACUUGAAGGGAUUACCUUUCAAGACGGUCUGGGUGGAAUACCCUGACAUUCCCUCAGAGUGCAAGAAGAUCGGCGCUCCCCCCACAAGCACUGAGGCGGACGGCACUCCCAGGUACACUCUACCUGUGAUUUACGACCCAUCCACGAAGAAGGCGAUCGCAGACUCUUACGCCAUUGCCGAAUACCUAGAUGCGACUUACCCCACGGAUCGCCAAAUAAUCCCAGCCGGCACAGAAGGUCUGCAUGCCGCCUUCAACAAAGCAUUCAUGGACAGCGUCUACUUCCCGUGCAUGUUUACCAUCGGGCCGCUCAGCGUGUCUGCUCUGAAUCCGCCCAGCGAGCGGUACUUCCGCACCAUCCGCGGGGACCUGCUGGCACUGGUGGACUCGGUAAGGCCGGAAGAACGGUGGCGGAAAGUUCAGGCAGCUUUCGAGGUCGUAAACGGGUGGUAUGAGAAAGCGGACAAUGGGAAGGUACUCCUGAUGGGAGACACGCCUGCCUGGGCAGAUAUCGUAGUCGCUGCUCUUUUGGUAUGCGCCAGGAACCUCCUUGGGAGAGAGUCUCCUGAGUGGAAGGCCGUAAGUGAGUGGCAUGGUGGGCGAUGGGCGAAACUGGUCGCAGCGCUCGAGGGAAAGGUUUUGUACCCAGGGUAUGGCUGGACCAAGCAAGGCGGGCAGAGCUAGGGUCAAGUCAUAGCUUGGACGGGUAAGGGGCUAUUGGGUCGUUGACCGAGAGUGGGAUA